AACUCCAGUAUCUCAAUCUUGAUCACAACAAUGUGGACAUUAGAGAUGUAAUCAGCGUCUCAUUUCUAGACCAUUGGAUUUGGAAGGCAAAUAUUGCGCUCACUCUUUCAAAAUUGUUGAAAGUAAUACUAUAUUCCUUCAAUUAUAUGCACAGAGGACUUGAUUUGUAUGAGGUUCAGUUGACCAUUGUAGGUGAGGCUUUAAAAGAGUUGGACCUGUAUGAAACAAGUUUCCCUUGUAGUAGGAUUAGGCAAAUGAACUUUUGCCACUUAGAAGUUUUGAACAUUUCAGACAAUGACUGCACCAAUAUUUCGUCUCAGAUUUUUAAACCCCUAACACAAUUAAAACUUUUGCGAGCAUCAAAAAUGAAUUCCAAUUUGAUAGCCGAAUAAAGCAGGAGGGCUUUAUUUGACGGUCUCAAAAACUUAGAACUGUUAGAUCUACAGCACAAUUUUAUUGAUCAUUUUCCAACUACUUUAUUCAAAGAACAAACAAAAUUAAAUUUCCUUUACCUUAAUUACAAUUUUUUAUCAUCCAUUCCAAAUGCAGUGACACAUUUUCGAAACCUCAAAGAAUUAUACAUUCGAAGUAACCAAAUCAAGUGAUUGGAAACAUCCGACUUUCGUGUACUUCGAAGUCUUAAAACAGUAAACAUUUUCAUCCAAGGAAACAUUUUAGAUUGUGACUGUAGCCAUAUGUCUAUGGUUUGUUGGAUGAAGAAUAAUCAGAAUCUCUUUGCGGAUCUUAAUGAAACCAAUUGCAUCGAAAAAUCUUCGAAUUUUUCAGAACUUCUUCAAGUAAGACAAUUUGCUAUUUUCGAAAAGAGAUACCAAACUCGGGUGUGGUUGAUUACUUCUUCCUUGAUGUUGUUGUUUCUAACAAUUGGACUGGUGGUUAGAAUUGCUAUCAAGAUAUACCGUGUUCAUGUUGACUAUGUCAUUCUACGUCUGCGUAACAGAUGGAAAGGUGUGGUAUGUUCUAAUGAGAGUAACACCUUCCAGUUUGAUGCUUUCAUAUCAUACUCUGAAGAUGAUUACCAGUUGGUUUGCACAACAAUGUUUCAAGCGCUGACAAAUUUAGGAUUUCAAAUUAGCAUUCCCGAUAAAGCCUUCAUUCCUGGAGUGAAUAAAGCUGAACAGCUGGUGCAGGGUAUUGACCACAGUCGGACAGUUGUCUUUGUCAUCACAGAUAAUUUAGACAGUGGUUGGAAUUCGUACGCCGUCCAAAUGGCGGUGACCCAUGCUUUUCAUAACCGUCGAAAACGAUCCAUCAUAGUGAUUAUCAAGGACAACAUUCCAAUAGAAAGAAUGCCGAAAGACUUGCGAUAUAUCUGGUGGUUUAUAAUCAGUAUAAGAUGGCCAGAGGUUCAACAGGUACAGGCGAUGGACAGUUUUUGGGAAGACAUUGCGGCCGCCUUACGGUCACCUCAUUUAAAGAUGUGA